AUGCAAGCAUUUGCUCCAAGUUCUAGAUCGUAUCUGACUCCAGUCAGAGAUGAUGAGGCAGAAUCUCAGAGGAAGGCAAAGUCUCGUCAUGCCAGACAGACACGGCGGUCAACACAGGGUGUGACUCUUACAGACCUGAAAGAGGCCCAGAAGACCAAUAGCCUGUCUCAUCAAGCUGGAGAGAAGGAAGAACGAGGCACUCUGGAUGACAGUUCCUAUCUAAGGACCUGUCAUCGAGCUUUUGCGGAUGACAGCGGAGAUAAAGCUUGUCUGACAGGGCCCACGGAAACAACAGAGAUCAAACGGAAAUGGAGCAAAAUGGAUGAGGAGGGGAACAUGGAGCACACAUUAGAAACCCUUUCUGAGUCCCCAAACUCAAGACACCUGUCCAACAGCAACAGCUCUCACAAAGUUGGUGAAAGAUGGUGGAGGGAUGAAAAUCAGAACCUGUUUGAAGAUGCGGCGCUGCUGACCUUUGCUUCAAACUACCGGCAUAGACACGUCUGCUAUGAGGCUGAUGACACAGAGGAGAAUUUGCAGUUCACCACAAAGUGCCGUUAA